AUGGGUGUAUCUAGAUCUACAUUAAGAACUGAAGAGAUCGAGGAAAUCAGAGAAGUAUCAAUUUUUUCACAAAGAGAAAUUAAAAGAUUAUAUAAAAGAUUUAAAAGAUUAGAUAAAGAGGAAAAAGGGUCAAUAAAUGUAGAAGAUUUUAAUCAAAUACCAGAGCUAUCAAUGAAUCCAAUGUUACCUAGAAUCAUAUCUAUAUUUGAUGUUAAUAGAGAUGGUCAAGUUAACUUUAAACAAUUUGUAAAAUCAUUAUCAACUUUUCAUCCAAAAGCUGAUAAAGCUGAUAAAAUUAAAAUAUUAUUUAAAGUAUAUGAUAUUAAUAAUGAUGGGUUCAUAACAAGAGAUGAAAUUGAAACCAUUUUAACAAUGAUGGUUGGUUCAAAUUUAACAAAAGAACAAAUUUCAAGUAUUGUUGAGGAAACUCUCAAUGAAGCUGAUGUAAAUGGUAAAGGGAAAUUAGACUAUCCAGAUUUCUAUAAUUCAAUCGGAUCAUCAGGUUGUAAUGCCGAAAAUAUGCUUUCCAUUUCUUUUAAUCCUUUUGAAUAA